CACAGCAUUCCCGCCUGGGCGACAAGAGUGAAACUCCGUCUAAAAAUAUAUGUAUGCGAAUGGGCUGGAUAUUCUCUUCAAUUGCCCCUGGGGAUUAUCUCAGUUCCAACCUGUGUUUUGAGAGGCUGAGCUCAAAUGAACACAUUAUCAGAGCACAUAAACUUGGCCCCUGAAUUGUAAAUUCAGCCAAUGGAAGGCACUGGUGAUCAGAGGUAGGGUAUUAAUUCGACGGGCUCUCUCCCUGCCAUGUGUUCGUUGGCAAAGGUACACGUUCUCUAUAUUAGUCCACGGCCUUUGUCAGGCAGGUCAUGCAGUUCCAAUAAACGUUUUCAACUGACAAGAUGAAAGAAUCCCAAGUCUCAUUUGGAGGAAUGCUAUCACUAACUAGGAUUCCUGGAGCUAAAACAUUACGUAAGAUAUAAACUCUUAUUGUGUUAAGAUGCUGAUAUUUUGAGGUUUAUUUAUCACAGUAACUAGCAUUACACCAACAGAUAUACAGUAUGUAAAUUUACUUAAGGUUGAAAUCCCUUCCUAGCUUUGAAGGCUACCCAGUGAUCUCCCACUCUUUACACCCUGGUUUGCCUGAUGUGAGUUAUCUUUAUAUCUUUACUAUCUAGGUCACCCCUAUGCUUCAUCUCCUAUACCAAAGUGCAUUCUUUGCACUUACAUCUUUUUCUUCUGAACUCACUGCUGUCACCUUCAACAUCUGCUACAUUUUGGAAACCAGAUAAAAAAUGUUCUAUCAUUGGCCAUUCUGAAUUCAGUUCUCUCUCAUUUCCUUUUUCACCAAGUUGUGUUUUGGCUUAGACUUCAUAAACUUCCACUUUCUGAAUGAAGGUGCAUCUAUUCUACUCCUUAAACACAAACAUAGUUUCCCACUACUGUGAAAAUGUAACCAAUUUCAGUUCUUUCACCAACCUGCUCCAAACCACAAGAGGAGUUAUUUGUUCCAGCCUCCUGUGUGGACUGCUUUCCUAUCAAAGCACCUCAGACAUGCAUGAGGAAGAAAUAUACACCUCUCUUCAGUGGGAUAGUCCAGCACCAAACACUUACCAGAAAUGUCUGUCUUCCAACAAAUGUUCAGGAGCAUGGUGUCUUGUGACGGUGAUUUCCUGUAUUUUCUGCAUGGGGUUAUUAACAGCAUCCGUUUUCUUGGGCGUCAAGUUGUUGCAGGUGUCCACCAUUGCGAUGCAGCAGCAAGAAAAACUCAUCCAACAAGAGAGGGCACUACUAAACUUUACAGAAUGGAAGAGAAGCCAUGUCCUUCAGAUGAAAUUUUGUCAAACCUUCAUGCAAAGCUCUUUUAGUUCAGCCCAUAACUGCAGUCCUUGUCCAAACAACUGGAUUCAGAACAGAGAAAGCUGUUACUAUGUCUCUGAACAUUGGAGAAUUUGGCACACCAGUCAAGAGAAUUGUUUAAAGGAAGGUUCCACACUGCUACAAAUAGAGAGCAAAGAAGAAAUGGAUUUUAUCACUGGCAGCUUGAGGAAGAUUAGAGGAAGCUACGAUUACUGGGUGGGUUUGUCUCAGGAUGGACACAGCGGACGCUGGCUUUGGCAAGAUGGCUCCUCUCCUUCUCCUGGCCUGUUGCCAGUAGAGAGAUCCCAGUCAACGAACCAAGUCUGUGGAUACAUCAAAAACAGUUCCCUUCUUUUGUCUAACUGCAGCACUUGGAAGUAUUUUAUCUGCGAGAAGUAUGCGUUAAGAUCCUCUGUCUGAAAGAAAUUGUGUUCAAAGUGUUCUAUUACACUGUUAUUUGGAAUAGGCCAUUGGAAAACUCACCCUCCAACAUCCCCGCAAAAAAAAAAAAAAAAAAAAAA